AUACUGUGGCUAGUGACAAAAUCACCAUAACUCCUGCAAAUAUGGCACUGAGCUAUCCAGCCGGUUCUCAAAACGACGGGUUGAGAAAGCGCCACAAUGUCAUCCACGACAGCAAAAAGAUUACUUUAAUCGAUCGUCUGUAUCUAGAUCUCUUUCAACAGGACAAAUUCAUUCCCAACGGAGUAGAUAUUCGUUUGAGAUUUAACCGAACAAAGUCUGAUUUUUACAUGAUGACUUUGGCAGGGAGUACAGGAAAAAUAAAACUUCUGAACGUGUUACUGUGGGUCAGAAAAGUCAGACCUACUGCAGCCGUGUUGAAUACUGUCAACGAGAGGUUGAACGUAGAAACGGCCAAGUAUCCCCUAAGACGGGUAGACGUUAAAACGUUCACCAUUCCUACAGGAACCCAAUCCAAAAUCAGCGAUCAUUUGUUUCAAGGGCAAAUGCCAAAACGAAUCGUUUUGGGUCUGGUAGCUAAUGACGCUUUCAAUGGCACUAGUACUAAAAACCCGUUCAAUUUCAAAAACGCCAAAGUCAAAAGAUUAGAUGUCACCAUCAACGGAGAAACCAUCAGUACCCGACCCUUUGAGCCGGAUUUCGAGAACGACUUGUAUCUCAGAUCUUACUUGAGUCUGUAUCAAGGGUUGGGAAAAUUCGGUGCCGAUUGGGCCCCAGGAAUUAGUUUCGACGAGUAUAAAGACGGCUACACCUUGUGGUGUAUAGAUUUCACCAAAGAUCAGGAGGCACAGCUAGACAAGUUUCAUCUGAUUGAAACAGGAAAUUUGAGAAUCGAAAUUCAAUUUGCAGAAAACACGACAGAAACUCUGAAUUGUUUAGUCUACGCUGAAUUUGAUAACGUGCUAGAAAUCAACAAACAAAGAGAAGUCAGCACUGACUUUUAAAAAAAAAUGGAUACCUAUCAAUUGAAAAAAGUCUUAAAGGCAGAUUUAGGAUCUUCUUUUGCAGGUGUCUAUGCCCUAGAUAUAAUUCCUAAACAUUUAAAUUUUAAAGAAAAAGCCAUGGUCAUAAACACAGAUCCUCAAGAUCAACCGGGAGCUCAUUGGGUGUGUUUAUAUUUAGACGGAGAUACGAUAGAAUAUUUCGAUUCUUAUGGAUUUCCCCCCUUGUAUAAGGAAAUUGAAGAAUUUAUUGAAAGAAACAGUCAUCACAUGAUAUAUAAUGGAAGACGUUAUCAAGAUUUUACAAGUAAAGUGUGCGGGGAAUAUUGUGUCUAUUUUUUACAUCAUCGUCAUAGAAGAGGCCGUAAAGUAUUAAAACAAUUAUUUCCUAAACACUGGACACCAAAACAAACAGAUCGCUACGUGAGACAAUGGUUCAAUGAAAACUAUAAAAAGCCUAAAACGCACAAAGGUCAAUGCUGUAAGAGUUACGAUCAGACUUGGCAAGAGAGGGCACCUAGUUCAGCUCGUGAAUGAAACACCUGGCUGUGACACGUCACGUAGGCCAGUACCGAGAAACAAACUACUUUCGUUAUUGAGAGGAUAUAAAAAGACAGCUCAAAUCAUUAUUCGUCACAAUUUUCAUGGGGAAGUGCCACAGUAAAGUAAAACGCAACAAUAAAAUGGAAGGAGAGAUAAGAGCUAUAAUCGCGGUACCCUUAGCGGACGGCGGUGUUGGAUACAUGAUGCCAAAAGUCGAAUGUCCUCCCUCAAUAUUUGAACCGAUGGAAGUAGAGAAGAUGGAACCAGAGAAACUUUAUUUGAUAAAAAAGGAGGAAGAAAAAGAGAAAGAAGGAGAGAAGGAAGAAGAGAAGGAGGAAGAAAGAGAGAAAGAAGAAGAAAAGAAAGAAGGAGAAGAAAGAGAGAAAGAAGAAGAAACAGAGAAAGAAGAAGAAACAGAUGAGGAGGAAAUAGAAGAAGAAGGAAAAGAGGCGGAGACAGAAAUUUUCCUGGUGAGCAGUAAAAUGGAGGAGGGAACUGAUCAAACCCCCUUAGAAGUGGUCGCAUCCGAUUUCCAAGAAAUAUUAAAUGAUCUCACUGGUACUGAAGAGGACGGUGACUGGAACGAGAUGCAAUGGAUGGGAGAAGAAAUCGACACGGACAAAUUGGUAGAGAACAUGAGUCAACAGGAGCUGGAGGAAAUCGAGGGAGCCAAAGCAGACAAAGUAAGCGGGGUUUACAAAAUUUGUACGGAUUACGGGAAAGCCAAAGAAGAAUUGACGGGAUUAUGGCUGAAUUGCGAAACAUACAGCAAAAUGGUCAACCGUUUGGCAGGAGAGAAAAGAAAAAGAGAAGAGGAAAAAGAAGAAGAAGAAAGAAGUAGGAAAAAACUACGAAUUGCUAAAAAACAAUUACUCUACCAGUCUUACCUGAAAAUGAAAAUGCUUGGGAACAACAAGGAACUCCUGAAACUGCUCCAAGUCUGCAGAGUCAUGGAAAGAAUUAAAAAUAUGUGAAUCCGUGUGAGAAAA